AUGUCAGUCCCAAUCAAUAAUGCAAAUGGCAUGCUCUCCGAUGAUAUCGAGAGGAAUGACCAUGGCCUCUCAGUGCAGCGUACUGGCAGCUUGAGCAUGGACCCGGUGAUGUUCGAGAAGCUGUUUCUCAGUCCCCAAACUCCAGUUCAUGGACAACUGCGGCAAAUGUUUGGAGUACCCACGCCACUUGCCUUGAUAGGAUUUGGCAUUUCUCUCACUCCACUGGCUUGCUGUCUCAUGGGCUGGAGGGGAUCGGAUAACCAGAAAAUGGGCGCUGCCAAUAUAGGAGCAUACUUUUGGUUCGGCGGUGCAGCGGUCCUGCUGGCUGCCAUUGGAGAAUUCCUCCUGGGCAAUACUUUCGCCUUCACGGUUUUUGCUGGCUAUGGUGCAUGGUACCUUACCUACGCGGCCACACUACAACCUUUCUAUGGCGCAGCAGCAGCGUACGCUCCAGUCCCAGGCUACUAUUCCAACCUAGGAGAGGCGACGGUAUCAGGACAAUUGACCCCAGGGUAUACAGCGAGCUUCGGUUUCGUAAUUGUAUUUAUGACAGUCUUGUCGUUAAUCUUCUUGGUCUGUGCAUCUCGCGUUAACAUCCCAUUCUUUCUCCUCCUCCUUGCAGUCACUGUAGCCUUUGCUCUCCUUUCUGCGGCGUUGUUCAUAGAAAGCCAAGCCAUCCAUCUCAUCGGCGAGGCUGGAACUUUGGAAGGAGCUGGGGACAACGCUGCAGCAGUGAUCAGUCUGGCAAAAGGAGAAGCGAAACUCAAGAUUACUUUGAGGCUUGUAGUUGGGGCUGGUGCUUCAUUUUUUGCCGCCUCGAUGCUCAACUGGUUUUUGACCUUGGCAAUAAUGCUCGCUGUUGUUGACUUCCCCUUCAACGUGCAGGUGGGAGAUUUGAGCACAGUUAUGCAUAGCAGAACCCAGGUCGAGAGGGCGAAGAGGGCUGCCGCAGUACAGAAUGGAAGAUAAGAGUGAGAGUAUGGGAGUACGAGAACAGCCGAAACUUCAGCUAAAAGUUAUUGAUCAAUCUACCAGCAUGGGUUGCGUGGUGUCUUGUCUCCGUGUAAAUGGUAUGAAGGCCGAGUUAUGCUCACAACUAAGUAUGGGAGAACUGUCUGUGUUAGAUGUACUAACUCUAGCACCGACUAGAUGUAAGGAUACCAUUGAUAUAAUGUAUGUGGGCUUUUGUGACAGUCUUGGUAAUUCUCUUAGUACCGCUUGGUCUCGCCUUGAUUUUCUCGGGGAGUCCUUCAAAGCGUUUUCCAGAAGCCAGAGCAAGAUGUCUUUGGCCAAACUUGCAAGACAGUGGACUCUAGCCACGUAGUGAAGGAAAGAAAGCAGUUAUACACGGAGCAAUGAUUGAACCUCUAUGGCUGUUCGUGAUAAAAUGACGAGAAGCGAAGUAAGGGCAGGCCAGUGAUUCGAUGGAUCUUAAGC